CAGCUCAUCCCUUUCACACCGAGCGCGCCGGAGAAGUCGGAGGAACUGCGAGAGGCUCCACGGGAUGUUUUGGACAGAUUAGAAUUCCCGUCGACCAGCACAGGGUGUGUUGUUGUGUUCACAGCGACCGUGUCUCCUCCUGAAUUCAGAGCAGAAGUCUAACCGUGCGGGUUGCUCUCGGUUUGUGUGCCUCUCCCUGUGCCGCUGGUUCUAUCGAAGAUGAAGGCUGUUACUCCAGUGCGCCCGCAGGACUCCUCCUCCUCCUCCUCCUCCCCCUCCUCCACCACCGGCAGCCAGCUCCCGCUGCACUGUGUGUCGAAGCAGAGCCUGAACAUCGCCCGGUGCCGGAUGGACGAGGAGGACCUGUUCUGCCUGCAGUACGACAUGAACGACUGCUACAGCCGCCUGAAGCGCCUGGUGCCCACCAUUCCGCAGGAUAAGAAAGUCAGCAAAGUGGAGAUCCUCCAGCAUGUCAUCGACUACAUCCUGGACCUGCAGCUGGCGCUGGAGACGCACCCAUCGCUCCACAAGCAGCAGCAGCAGCAGCAGCAGAGGACCGGGACGUGCCCUCCUCCAGCCUCCAGCCGGACACCGCUGACGGUGCUGAACACCGACCACCACCAGAGGACGUCUAUAGUCAAAAACCCGGAGGACUCGAUUUUAUGCCGCUGAGACAUGAGCACUGCAUUUGGUGUGCAAGGCUGUACAGAGCUGCUCCAAAGCCAGCGAAACAAGCUUCACCAGGGACUCGCAUCCAACUGGAGGCACAAUCACAAGGGGAUUUAAAAAAAAAAACGCUGGGAGGAAUUAAAACCCAAAUAAAGUCGCCAUUCAUAUAAGAUUUAUUUUUUGGGGGUUCUUGUUGUUGUUGUUCCAUCCACCGAACAAGGAAUCACUGUGUAGACACUCUCCCUCUUGUUUAAGUUGCUCUAACUUUACUUCUUCCCACUGUAAGAUUUUCUAAAAAAAACCCCCCACGCCGAGAAGUCGUCCGUCAACAGCUUUUCGAAAAACUAUUUGUGAAUUGUGCUAAAACGAUCCUCCAGUUUUCAAGCUUUACUAAACUGCGAAAAUCAUUGUAUAUGUUUUUUUUUGUUUGUUUGUUUUUUGCACAUCUAUUGUUUCAAAUAGAUGAUUUGUGUUGAGCAGGGGACUUCAUCCCUGGGACCCUUAUACAAUGUUUCAUACCUGUAAAGAAGAACAAUUCUGAUUCGAGGGACAAUUGAGAUUUGUACAUAAAGAGACACAAAUGUUCUAUGAAAAAAAAAAAAAUAUGUGAAAGGAAGACGUAUAUGUUUAAAAAUAGACUAUUGUAAUUAUAAGAUAUUUUUAUUAAAAACCUUUUUUUUGUU